GGCAGUGCGCAUGCGCAGUAACAACAUCAAGCAUGGAGGACGUGGACCGCUGAGUAGUUGACCAUAAAAUCAUCAUAAACUUCAACUCAAAAUUUCUCUAAGCAGGGAAAGAUGAUGCGCAGGUCCAGAAUCAGUGUUCGGCCAAAUGUAAAGCCCACAGGCCGAGCUCCGACAGCUUCUCGAGAAGCAUCUGCGGAGAAUGCUCAGGCUUUCCAGAGUCCCGCUGACUCUGCUCCAUCUGAGGGUUCAGAGGUCACAGCUGAAAAACUGAAUACUGACCCGUCUAUAGCAGCGCCGGAACAAACCAACGAGGACGCAUCUCAGAGCAGCAGCCCUAGUGACCAGUUGGAGGACACUAGACGUGGAGAGGAUGCAUCAUCUAAAAGUUCAAAUGCCCUGGAUUCAGUAAGCACCUCUGUGACAUCAGGCCCACAGAGGAGGAAACGCUUCACAGCUUUACCCAACCUGGCCAAACCACGAGCCUCCCAAGUCUCCGCUAAGACUCCGAAAUCCCCAAUAAAAUCUCCUGUAAAACCAGUGACACCUAUUGAGCCUGAAAAAUCAACCACCAAUGCAGACAUACCUGCGCCUGUCCACAAUCCCAGGGUUCCUGCAAGACGGAGACCUUCAGGAGGAAGCAGACCAGCCAAAAGUCAACUCAUUCCUCCAGAAUCACUGCAGAAGGAUGGAGAGAGCCAAAAAAAUGGGGGAUUACUAGAAGUUGUUGUGCCGUUGACCGUCCAGGAAGGGGGCGUUGGGACGAUUUCUCCACCUGAUACUGUUUCGGAUGUAAAUGAAAACCGUCCGACUCCUCCUACUGUGGAAGAGAUGGUUGUUCAACAGGAGAGUGAUUCUGGAGCACCACCUGACCAAAGCCAAACUGAUCUGUUGAAAGAGAAACUUAAAAAACUGAAAUCAACAUCAAAGAUCAUCAAAUCCUUGACUGCUGUGAACGACCCUGCAGACAUGAUUCGAUUAGCGCAGGCUCGGAAACUUCGGGAGCUUCUGAAAAAAGAAAUGGUCAAAGACAAGGAAGACAAGAGGAAGCUCAAGAUGGGACUUAAAGAACGCAAAGCACCUAAAGAUCACACCAAAAUGACCAUGAGAGACCUGAUCUAUUACCUGCCCGUCUCCAACCCAAUGAAGUCUUUUACAGAAGAGGAGCAGAAAGCAUCAGAGACAGUAUUAGAUGACUCUCCUACACCAAUUUCUUCCAAUACUCCAGAUCCUCCAGCCGUUGAGGAGCCGGUGGUAGAAGAUGCUGAUCCCGAGGAAGAUGAAGAGAGAACAGAAGAAGCUCAGGAGGAGGAUAAAGAGCCUCUGCUGGUGCCCAGAGUGAAGGUGGCUGAGGAUGGAUCUCUGAUUAUUGACGAGGAGAGUUUAACAGUGCAGGUAUUGAGAGCUAAUGGGCCCAAUCCAGCAGAAGACAGAGAUCCUAUAUUUGAGCGUGGCUCCACCACCACCUACUCCAGCUUUAGGAAAGGCACCUACACCAAACCAUGGUCCAACGGAGAAACUGAGAUGUUUUUCCUGGCCAUCAGCAUGGUUGGGACUGAUUUCUCCAUGAUCGGCCAACUCUUUCCACACCGAGGUCGAUUGGAGAUCAAGAACAAGUUCAAGAAAGAGGAGAAAAAUAAUGCAUGGAGAAUAGAUAAAGCUUUCAAGGAGAAGCGACGUUUGGAUCUAGAUUUCUUCAAAAAGUUAAUGGAGCAGAUUCUAAAUGACGAGGAAGAGAAAAAGAACAAAAGCAAAGAGCAUUUCAAGUUGGCAAAAGCAAAAAGGAAAGUGAGAGUGGCUAAAAGAAAGGGAAUGGACUCUUCAGAGGAUUCAGACAGUGAUGUGGUGGCAGGAGAAAAGGAGAAUGAAGAUCUUUCAAAUGAUGGAGAAAGUGAUGUCACUCCAAAGAGACGCAGGGGACGAGCAGCGAAAAAUACAGACAGGGACAUUAAGAGGAUAUAUGAAGAGGUAGAUAACCCUGAGGACUGUGAAAAUGUUACUUCAGACACUCAGUCACCGGAUGACAGGUUAAAGGACUCAGAAUCAUCAAAGAACAUAAACAAGAGUCCUUCUAUUAAACCUGCUCUGCUGAAGGGUCGACCUCAGAAACUGAUCCCGAACAUCAGCCGCAGAUGGGGCGAACGACGGCCCAAAAACAACAUCCAGGAAAACAGGACUUCGGCUAAAGAUGAAGAUCCUCUCAAGGUGCCUUCCGCCUCAAAAGAAGAGAAAGACAAGAAACAGGCUUCAGUUAUCAUUGAUCUGAUUGAUUUAGAUGAAGAACCGGACCUGAGUGCUGUGCAAGAACAGAUAUUCAAUAAACCAACCAGGUCAGGAAGGAUCCCCAAGCUCUCUCAGCAUGUGAUACAGGCAGCGGCAGAGGAGGAGGAAGAUGAGGAAGAGCCCUCUGAUCCCCCUACCUCUUCCAAAGUUUGUGUUCCAUCACCUGGCUGUAGGGCUAAAAUAAAACCAGGCCCCAGACUAAAACAGGGCAUGCAGAGGAGAGGGAAAUCUAGACUGGUGACUUUACUGGCCUCUGGGGCUGAAGAAGAUGAUGAUGAAGAGAGAGAGGAAGCAGAGGGUUGCAUCCUGAGCCAGGAGGACUUUCCUUCAAACUCUGAAGAGGAAAACCAGGCAUUUGUGCCAAUGAGUCUACGACCUCAAGAUCAUUUUGAUUCAGAGGUGGUAGAAACCAUGGAAGAGCUGGACAUUUCAGCGAAUGUGCCUGAUAUCUUGAGCGCGUCCCACAAUGCUUUGUGCCCCGAGUCUGCAUGUGAGCAGGCCGUAUUUCCUGCUGGUCCUGUCUCGUAUGAACAUCAGUUGGACCUUCUCGUUGAUGUCAUUGAGUUUCUUGACCCAGAACACAUGGAAGUAUGUAAAGAGAUCAACAAUGAAGCAGCUCAGACUCUUCUGACCAUCGGCAACUCGGCUCAGAUGAUCCAGACCUCAGAAAUGCCCUGCUUAAGUGGACAUGAUAUUGAUGUGCAUGAAGAAAUCGCUAAUGAGGAAGUCUUCACAGAAACGGCCAUCAUGUCUGAUCCUUCUAUAAGCUGUUAUUCAGAGAUGAGAAGUGAUGUUGAACUUUCAAACAGUGAAACUCAAAUCCCAGAACCUCCCACUUCAAUAGAAGAGCCAAUCAAAUCACAGAAUUCAAUGUCUCAUCCUGGUCCCGUUCAGCAAGUCUCACAGGAUCUGGCAUCUACUUUUGUUCCUUCUUCAACAAGAGGCCGUUUCGCCAAACCCAAGCCCAAUAUUGGUCUGAAAAGCAGACGAGCUCCUCAGCAGCAGAUCAGUUCAGAACUUCCUGCAGAUUCUGUGGAGAACUCAAAGAGUCUGACUUCGGCAGAACAGGAUGAAAAACAAAAGGCAUCCAUGCAAGAGAUUGCAGAUGAACUGUCAGACUCCUCUAACAUACACCCUGAGGUCCAGCAGCCGGGUACAGUAUCUGAUAGAAGAGAAGAUGCUCCUGAAAGACUGACUGGAGGUGAUAGUGGAUCUGCUGUGUCAUUAAAGAGAAAAGAUGAAGACGAAAUCACAGAGGAGAAGAUAAAAGAACACGAAGAGGCUAAAUCAGAUCCAGUGCUUAUUAAUAGUGAGAGUGAGUCUCAGAGCACACUAGACGAGGCUCCUAAACCUGUCAGGAGGAACAGGGGACCCAAACCUAAACCAAACCUGACUCAAGCAUCCAGAAAAAAACACACACAAACACAACUCAACACUCCUUCACUCACAACAGGAAUAACUUUCACUAAAAGUCCUGAAGAGGGCGCAGUUAUUACCACAGAACCUGAUGUUUCUCAAAGAGCAACACAACAGGAGGUUACAUUGAGGCUUGAAUCCACACAGGCUGUCAAAGAUAUUUCUCCAGUUGUUUCUGAAGACAAUUCCAGACCGAAUACUCUGGUCAGAUUAGAUGAAGAACAAAACAUAACGGCUCCAGAUGAAGCUUUUGAAGACAGCAGUGUGAAACAUUCAAGAUGUGAAUCUAAAGAUGCUUCUGAGGAAUCCAUGUUUAUACUGUCUCUGACAGAAAUCCCACCCGCUUUACAACAGGGGGCGUGUCUUAGGACAGAACCCCUCCCACCCACAAUUGAGCCCGGCUUGCAUUCUCAUGGUCAAAGUGUGAAUGAGAGCAAGGAAGUGUCUCACCUUCUGCUCACAGAUGCUUUAGUUCUUGUGUCUGAAGAAGAGGAGAAGGAAGGAGAAGAAGAAGACAAAUCCAGGAGAGGACAACUGAAACGCAAGACACCAGCCUCGACAUCUCAAGAGAGUACCAAAAGUGAGAGUCAAGCAGAAGAUUGUGUCGUGGAAGUUUCAGAAAGCCCUGUGGCAGAAGAGACUGAUGAACAUCUGGAAAAGAAAAGAAAACCACCGGAGAGAACAAGGAGAGCAAAGCUGCAGGUUAAACCCAUCCCUGUUAUGAGAAAAAACACUCGAGGCGUUAAAGAGGACACAGCAGCUCUUACCUUAAAAGAAACUCCUUCAUUACCCAUUUCAACAGCAGAGACAAAACCAGAGCAAACUGACCCCACCGUCAUUUCAACAUCAGCAAGCAGUGAUAAUAUUCCCUCCUCUGAAGAGUCUGUCCAGGAAGAAUCUUCUCAAGGCACUGUGGGACAGGUGGACAUCACAGUAAAAGAGACAGAUGAGUUGGCUAGUGGAUCAGACUCACAAACUGCUACUCAAAUCACGCCUGUUGCCACAAGUGGGCCACUUACAAGGCCUGGUAGAAAACCCAAAGGCUUCUUAUCCUUCAUUUCAACAAAAAGUACACAAGGAGCACCAACACGUCAUCGAGGAUCCAAACCAGGAGUCAACACUGCCCGUCCUGACAGAAAACAGGUAGCGAGUGCAUCAGCAAACCUUGGAGUAAAGCGAGCUUUACCAACUCCUGCUUCCACCACUGAGCGCUCAGAAGAAGAGCCCACCAGUGUCUCCAAGUACUUUUUCAGCGACAUCUUUACUGAAGUUGAUGAAUUAGAGGACAUGGAUUAAAGCAAACGGUUGGAAUAAUGAAGCAGGCACAACACGCAAAUAUCAAUUGGCUGAAUAAACAUGUAAAUAUGUACAUUUGUUAAUAAGGACAGUUUCAUUUUGGGAAAACUAAAUGACAGCGAAAACACAACUCAAUUUAAAAGGUUGUACCUUUCAUCUUGUUUUAUUUUUGUAAAGAAAAUAGUUUUGAAUUUGAGUGUUAAUUGCUAUCAAACUAAUGUAGAUAUGUUUUAGAUACAGUGGUGCGUUUCUCGUUAUGUAAAAUGGCAAUACAGUGUCUAAUUUUAACCUCAA